AUGGCGGCCAAUGUACUUGCCGAUGCGCUGAACGAUGGGCUGCGAUCUAGGGUGACUGUUUCCUCGGAUAGAACCCGACUAUUGGAUGAAGAAGAGCAGACAGCUUUCACUGAUGAUGAGGAUCGUGGAGAGGAUCCUAGUUUGCCAUUCGGGGGCAAGGUGUACUUGGCAAGAAGGAAGAAACCCGACACUUGGUUGACAUUUUUCUUGGAGAUCCUCGCUGUGUGCUUGGUGUUCUGCUUUAUCUACUAUGCGUAUUAUCACUUUGACAAUCUACAUUUCCAUGUGACCCAUUUCUACGCUCAUCUGGGCCAGCCACAUGCCAUGCACAUGACUGGCCAGCGUUAUCUCUUUGGACGAGGUGUGGAUCGUAACAUGGACCAGGCUAUGCGAUGGUUUAAAUAUGCUUCUGAUAAAGGACACGCCCACGCUGCUCAUAACCUUGCUGUUGGUCAUCUACAAGGCUACAAGACAGACCUCAAAGACAGAGAUGAGGCGCGUGACUUAUUGAGGUAUGCUGCGGAUCAGGGUGUUGAAGAGGCAAUUAAUGCUGUGUACAAGCUGUGCCCUAAUGGAGAAUGCUGAGAAGAGACUCACACUGUCUACUCCGAGUUAUCAUGGUCUGAGGAUUUCAACAAAUUAAAGUGGUAACUUGUGACUACGUACAUUGUAUAUAAAAACUUAAUAUUAUUAUUAUUAUUGUACCAAACAUUAUUCAAAUCUAAUUUGCGAAAAAGCUAUGCCAUUUUAAUUAUGUUAGUAUUAUUAAUUUU